CGGGAAUUUACACUGGCGGGGUUCCCCUGUCCUUGUCAGCUCGUCAGCUCUAGCGGCCGAGCAGUGAAAUGCAAUAAUCUACUGGGAUGCCUAUCGCGAUAGCAAUACGGGACUGCGAUGAACGUAAACAAAACGAUGCACUACCGGCCGGUAGCAGACGCAGCAGACGCAGUAGACAAACACAAUCUAGAAUGGAUCUCCAACCGAACUUGUUGUACGGUUUAAUAAUGAUGGUGUUCCUGUCUCGGUCCCACGUCCAUCUAGUUUGCUGCGAUGAUAAUCCGCUCACUGCUGAGAAUCCUUGUAUCCUACACUGCGUGUCGUACCUCUAGGAUGAAACAACUCACGGCAAUCAAAAACUUGCAGGGGAUGAGUAAUGCUGUAAAACGUCAUAAACUCAUAAUGGAUAUGUUAAAACCAAUUUUCAAGGUUCUUGAAGAGACAAGAAAACUGCCAGCACUACGGGACACAGUCUCUGUUGAUCUUUCCCAUUUCAAUCCACACCUACAAGAUGUUUUCCAGUAUAUGGAGAGUACUGCAUUCCUCUGCGACUUUCUUGUGUUUUUCCCUGAAAUAACUACUAGAUUGUUAAAGAAAAACCUUCUGUGGAGAGUGAUGCUGAUUGACAGUAUUCAGGAUGCCAUGAACAUUAAUGUUCAAUUUGUAGAUAUCAAUACCAGAAGUCAAUUUGAAAAGGCAAAUAAAAUUUUAAGUGACAGGACUGUUCCUACAGAACUCCAGCCCACAGUUGCAAGAAAGUCCAGGGAAACCAAAAAAGUCAGGAGAAAGCCACGCUUGACCUCAAACGAACUGUAAAACAAUAUAUGUACGGAUUAUUAUUUGAUUACAAAAAUAAUUAUUUAUUGCUAUUUUAAAUAUCACAA